AUGUUAUCCGACGCCUUCUACGCGCUUCCCCGCAUGUGGCGUCAGAACCCACCGAAAGAUCGUGGCUCAUCAUGUUCAUCUUCGUCACGAGAAUCGAACCUUUCUGAUGCUGUUCCCCGUUCCAGAUCAGCUAGAAAAAUCGCUAAAGAACGCGAUGGAGGCAAGUGCGUAGUCACUGGACGUCAGGAAGUCCAAGUUUGUCACAUUGUCCCCCAUUGCUUGUUAAAGAAAAAGAAGCCUACAGAUCUCACAAGACCUAUACCUGACCUUUGGAAGUUGUUGUCGCUGUUCUUUGACAAUGAGCAUGUCCUCCAAUGGAAGAACGCAAUCUUCCCAGACCCCGACAGCAUCCCAGAAAAUCUCAUUUGUCUCUCCAGCAGUGUACAUGAGGACUGGGCGGACGGAUAUUGUGCGUUCAAACCACUUCGUGUGUCUUCUGACAGUCGGGAAAUGGAGUGCGAAUUUCAUUGGUUGCCUCACAAGCCCCAUGGGCCGACAGACAAGGUGGAUCUUUCAAGACGCCCGUCAUCGACCACGGGUCUCGAUCAGUCCGGGGGCAGGUUUUCCUACACUUUUGAAGGUUGUCGGAUUCAAUCUGGGCGCCCGUUCGUUCUGAAGACGAGCAACCCAGUCACUCACCCCCUGCCCAGUUUCACGCUGUUACAAAUGUCGUGGAAGUUGACCCAGAUCGUGGCCUUAUCUGCGGCCGCAGAGGACCCAGACCCAGAAGACGAUGACUACGAGUCGGAGACCUAUAACAAAGAAGUCAUAGACAGAUGGAUGGCAGAGCCCUGA